AGGCCCUCCUGGGCUCGCGGGAGCCGCGCCGCCCGCGGCCCGCCGUUCUCGGGGCCCGCGCGGCGCCCCGCCGCGAUGGGCGGCCAGGCCUCGAGCGAGGGCGCGCCCGGCGCGGGCGGCGACGCCGGCGCGGCGCCUGCGCGGCCCGAGGGGAAGAACAAGGUCCAGCUGGCGGUGUCCGUGCUCGGCGGCGUGCCGGGGGCCACGGCCUACCACUCCUCCGUGGUCGUAAACGGGGAGGAGUUCUUCUUCAGCGACGGCGGCGUCAGCAGCUCGUCCGGGCUGGCGAGUCACAAGAACCCGCAGAACCCGGACAGCGUGCCCCAGGUCUUCGACAUGGGGAUGUCGGUGUACACCGGCAGCCAGGUGAGAUCCACGCUGGACAGACACUUCCAGGCUGGCACGUACGACCUCCUCCGGAAGAAUUGCAACUCCUUCUCGGAUGUCGCCCUCUUCUACCUUCUGCACACGCGGCUGGACCCCAAGUACCGGGCGCUGGAGCAGCUCGGCCAGCGGGCCGGGGGCAUGUUCGAGUCCCUGUCGGGUGGCCAGUACAAGGCGAACCCGAAGGCCGCCGACUUCGACAUCGAGAAGCUGAUCAAGGACAUCGACCCGGACAAGAUCUGGGCAACGCCUGGGCAGGCGACGGGCGGCAGCGCGGUGGACUCCGUGGAGGCCAUGCGCGCCGCGCGCCUCGCGCGCCUCGGGGGCGGCGGCGCGCCCGCGCCCGCGG